GAAGUAUUUAGACAAGACAAGCAGAGACCUAGGUGAUAAACAGAGCCAGCAAAGAAACAUAAUGGCUCUUGAUUUUAAACGUCAACUGUGAACGUCCAGUGAUCUAUUGCUGCUUUUAAUUUUAGGAGGUGGUCUUGCUACUAACAGAAAUGGCCGCCAACGAUUUAUCCAAAACGUUCGAUGAAAUCGAAUCGGACGAGUUGAGUGGACUGGAAACAACCGCUCCAACGGAUUUAACUAUGUCACCCGAUCGAGACAUCGACAGGCGAGAGAGGAAAACAAAAAUCACUCGACAACUAAUUGAAAAGAAACAGUUAGCACAUGAUUUGCAGCUUCUUAGAAUAGAGCUUUCACAAAAGAAUUUAAAUACUGAAAACAUGAAAGCACAAUCGUUACAAAAAGUGGAAGAACUUGAAGAGAAACUGCACGAUGCUUUGCACGAAAAGCAGAUUUUGACUGCUCGUUUAGAAUCACAAUUAAGUAUACAGGAGCAGGAAUCGAGAAGAAGACAAGAACUUAUUAAAAGUGAAUUGGAGGAUGUUCGACAAAGACAAAGACAUUUAGAAUCCACAAACGAAAGGUUGCAAGAAAAAGCAGGAAAUGUUCGAAGGACAUUAAAAGAUUUGGACAUAUCUGAAGAUAAAUAUUAUGAGCUGCGCAGUAAGAGUGAAGAAGACAUAUCGUUGAGAGAUUUUGUUGCGGUGCAUUUGUAUGAGGCGAUACGUCCACUGCAGACAGAGAUCGACCAACUGCGACUAAGGAAUAAGACACUGGAGGAGGAGACAAACUCAUAUUCCAAAGACGUGGUGGAGCUCCGAGAGAAACUCGACGAGGAACGUCAGAGUCAUGGUGAAUUGCGUGUGAAAUUUCAAAAAAUAUCUAUGGAUUAUACUGACACCAAGUCACAAGUUAAGGUUGACAACUACCGUGUGGAGAACUAUGACCGAGUUAAAGGGGACAGAGACAACCUAGAAUCAGACACCCUUGAUUUGCAGCGUCAGUUGACAGUACUUGAUGGUGCUCAUAAAAGUCUGCAGAAGGAAAGAGAUGACCUUUAUAGUGAUUGUACUGCAGCAAAACAAUCACUGUCCCUCCUGAAACAAGACAAGGAGUACCUAACCAAGCAAGUGUCUGACCUGUCCAACCGCAUCACAUUCGCUGAGGAGAAGACUCAACAGAGCAAUCUCAAUCUAGAGGAUUCAAAAAGGUCCCGUGAAGAGAUGUAUGAAAAAUAUGUCACUUCAAGAGAUCAAUACAAAUCAGAAUAUGAAAACAAACUGAAGGAUGAAUUGGAACAGAUCAGGACGAGAACGAACGCUGAGAUAGACAGACUUAGGACAAGUACACGAGAGAUGUAUGAGCGUGAGAACAGGAAUUUACGAGAGGCAAAAGAAAUGUCCAUAUCUGAGAGAGACAGAGCUCAGGCUGCAGAGAGGGAAACAACGACAAAAUAUGACCAACUGUUGACUGAAUUCAGACAGCUGCAGAUGAGCGGAGAUUCCCGAAUGUCAGAGCUGAAGAACGAGGUGAAGCUGAAGGGCUUUGAGGCAGAGAGAACACAGAUGGUACAUGAACAGACUGUACGUAAUCUGACAGAGAGUCAGUUGGAAGUGGAGAAACUUCAGAAGAAAAAUGAGGUAUUGACCAAGGAGUACUACUGCCUUCAGGGUUCUAUGGACAAGCGCCUACUAGAACUUGAAUCAGAAAUCUCUGACAAACAAUCUAAACUUACAGCUUAUGAGAAGAUUGAGAAGGAGCUGGAUGAUGUUGUCAUGCAGGCUGCAGAAGUGAACAAUGAACAGGAAGCUGAGAAGGUGCUGUUUUCCUAUGGCUAUGGAGCUAACAUGCCCAGUACAGCCAAGAGGAGACUCCAGCAGAGUGUACAUCUGGCAAGGCGGGUUCUGCAGUUGGAGAAAAUCAACACCAACUUGAGAAAGGAUGUUGACCGAGAGAAGAGCAAGAUAAAACAGCUGGCAGAGGAGCUGAAGAGCAGCAAUUCUAUACUGGACCAAGCACAGCAGCCAUAUAAUUACCUCAUAGAAAGUAUACGACAGAGGGACGCCAGCCUGCAGAAACAGAAGGAGUACAUUUACAGUCUGGAGCACGACAGGGAAGCUUUGGAGAAGGAGAGAGAAGACUUUUUGAGGACAAAGAAUCAAAUGUCUCUUGAUUUGGAGCGACUCUUGAACCAGAAAGAGGAGAUGUCUGUCAUGAAGCAGGUUGUGAUGAACUUAUCAAAUCAUCCAACAGGAGCGAAGAAAGCUUCCGUUGUGCCACGGGACAUGGUCAGGCCUAGGAGUUCAGCUGUUCAUGUCCCACACCACACGUUUGAGCCACAGGAUGACCCGAAUAUCCUCAAACCUGGAUCAAUUUCACUGACUCGAGACAAGUCACAGUGGGCCAAGAAACUCAAGCAGAAAAACAUGUCUGAACAGCCAAAAUAUUCACAAGUGUAUGCUACAGCAACGUCCUAACACUUACGUCCUAACACUUACGUCCUCCAUACCUGAGUAACGCAAAAUAUUCAUAUCAUCAGAUGUGUAGGACAGUGGAAACAGCAAUUACCAACAUUAGUAGGUGUUAUAUCAUCAUCUAUGAUAGAGAUUAUAAUAGUGUCAGUUUAGAGUCUCAUAGUUGUAGAUAUGUAUUGGAGAAAAACUAUCUUUUUCUCAUUGUUAAAGAAGUUUAUUUCUUUGAAAAGAUGAACUUUUUUUAAAAUUUUCCUUACUAAGCUGAAUUUUCUUUAAAAAAUGCAAGCAAUCUAUGGUCAGGAAUUUGAAUGUGCCUCAGUCCGUCCAAAAUCGAUUUAGCUGUUCUGUAUGUAUAGAUGUAAGUCAUGAAUAUACAAGUAUAUACAUUGCAUAGUAGAUAGUAUCACUAAAUUAUGCCUCCAACUGACCAGGCAUGAUACUGAUAUAAGAUGAGAUGAAAUAAUCUGUUGGUCAUAAUUUCCUAUAGUUGUGAUUUGUUGCCUAAUUAUUGCACAAGUUUCUUAAAGGCUUACAGUAUUUUGUGGAAAUUGCCAAGAUCGGUUUAAGCAGCAUUUAGUGUGAAUUGCCUUUGAUUUGCCUACAGCAUUGAUAGUGGUAAAGUUUCAGUGUCUUAGUAAAUCGCUGCUUAUAUCUUAACAGAUUAUUUGUACUUAAUUUAUAUGUUUAUCAGAAAAAACACAUGAAACAUAACUACAAUAUAUGUUAUCUGAUUCCUAAGCAUUAGUAACCGUUGGGAGAAACACAUUUUCAAAUUUCCUGCACAUGUAUGAUUUCUGAUCAUGACAGCCUCAUUUAUGUCAAUGGAAGGAUAGGGAUCCAAUUUGUAGUACACAUAUUUUAAAAAUCUAAAAACUGUUUGUAUAUAAUAUUGUAUAUAUUUGUAUAAAUAAAUAUUUAU